AUGGACCAACCCAAGACUCACUUUUACUAUUCAGAAGAUCUUACUCUCAAUACCAUAGGGGCGUUUGUGCCCUCGGGCCAGAACAGCGCUCAGGGCAAAGGCCAUAACAUGAGUCGUGGUCCGUCAAACGGGUCAUACAUCUCGAACAACUCAUACACCACUUACAGCCCCGUGUCAACACAAAACGGCAACUUUUCACCGGCGACUCCAGAAAUUGAAUUCGAUAUGUCAGCGCCGUAUGAGUACAGUGAUAUAAACCAUGAUCGAUGCAUGGAUCUCGACGGUUACGCGGAGCCCGAUGGAUACUUGACUGAAUACGGGUGCGAUGACGACUAUGCUCAUCUUGGGAACAUGGACACAUCACAUGGGUUAUAUAAUGUAACGAAUAACAACUAUUCGUAUGCAUCCCAUAUGGGGUCAAUGGAGAUCACGUACGAAGAUGACACUAUUCCACGAAUGCCGGUGAUGCGUGCUACAAUACCGGAACCUGAGCAUGCCAAUGAAGGACACAUGUGCCUCAUUCCAGCGUGCAAUUCAAAGACGGUAUUCAAACGCAAGGCCGACCUCCAGCGUCACUACGACCAAGUACAUCAAUCAUCACAUCUGAAAAAACAAUACUUCUGUGACUAUCCAAGGUGCGAGCGUAGCAAGGAACCCUUCCACCGAAUGGAUCACUUUCGCGAUCAUUACCGUGACUUUCACAAAGAGGAUCUACCACGCAAGAGUGGUGAGAGUAACGAAUGGUAUGCAGAGAAAGCAGAGAAAGCCUCGAGGAAGUGGUGGCGAUGCACCAAGUGUUUGACCAAGAUCGCCAUUAAGGACUACGCGUUCGUGUGUAUACAGUGUAACACGCCUUGCGAUGCGCCACGACAAAGCAUCAGGGGAUAUCAAUAA